UUCAAGGCAAGACUUGUAGCGCGGGGGGACAUGCAGAGGGCUUCGAUUGAUUUUGGAGAAUUGUUUGCACCCACCGUAUCAGUGUCUAGUGUGCGCUUGUUGGCAGCAUUAGCGUGUGAGCAGAAUCUUGACUUGUGCCAUUUCGACAUUCAGCAGGCUUUUGUGCAGUCUGAGCUUGAUGAGGAUGUUUUCAUGCGCUUACCGCAGGGGUGUGGUAGGUUAUCUGGCUUGAUCGUGAAGCUAUGCAAGAGUCUGUAUGGUUUGAAGCAGGCAUCACGACAUUGGCAUUCGCACCUGACGAGGUGUUUGUUACUUUUAGGUUUUUUGCAGUGUCUGGCAGAUGCGUGUGUUUUUCGAUUGAUGGAGGAGGGACGUGUGAUCAUGAUCAUCGUGGUCCACGUGGAUGACAUUUUUGCUGUAGGGCAGAAGGAGAGGUGUGACAAGUUUGGCGAGGACCUCAACGAGAUGGUCCCCGUGAAAAACCUUGGAGAGUUGAGGUGGUACUCUGCGUGCUUUUACGAGAGAGACGUAGAGAGAGGGCUGUUGAGGAUUUCGCAGCAGAGGUUUGCCGAAGAGUUGGCUGCAGAGUACGGAAUUGAGUGGGGGAGGAGUGUGCCCUUGCCUGUGAGCGUGAAGCUCACCGACUUUGACGAGAACGAAGCGUGCGCUGAUGUCCCUUUUCGCGAGUUGGUAGGAUCUCUGAUGUGGUUGGCCACUCAAACAAGGCCGGACAUCGCGAACGCAGUACGAGCAGUAGCGCGGUAUUGUGCAUCUCCCAAGAUGGUGCACUGGAAGGCAGCACUCGGUAUUUUAGGGUACGUACGGAGGACGAGUUGGAUGGGGAUUACAUUUGAGAGGGGAGUGGUGACUGGGAUGAGCAUGCAGGUGUUUGUGGAUGCCGACUAUGCAAGCAAGGCGACAGACCGUAGAUCGGUGUCAGGAGGGCUAGUGAUGUGUGGGGGAGGGUGUGUGACUUGGUUUUCGAGGACACAAAAGUGUGUCACGCUUUCCACCACGGAAGCAGAGUAUGUGGCAAUUGCCGAUGUCUUGAAGGAAGUGUUGUUCCUGAGGCAGGUGUGGCGUUUUAUGUUGCCAGAUGCAGGUAUGCCGUGCAUCCCGGUGUUCGAGGAUAAUCAGGGAGCGAUUCAGAUUGCGCACAACCCGAUCACGAACUCCAACUCGAAACACAUCGAUGUACGACAUCACUUUAUCAGGGAGCUGGUAGAGAGGAAGGAGAUUUCAAUUACUCAUGUGCCGACGCAAUUUCAGCAUGCAGAUUUCUUGACGAAGGCCAUUAGCAAGGAGUCUUUUGCGUUGCACCGUGACUUUGUGAUGAACUUGCAGUGAAGGAAGUGUUUUGGGGUCGAUUCGUAUUCUGUGAUGGAGAGAGUGAGAGAGACGAGAGAUUGGACAAGAGAAAAGAGAGAGUCUGGUGAAGGUUGGAGGAGUUGUUGUGUUUAGUUUUUCUUGAUUGUUUUGGAGGAGUUUUGAUUGUGUUUGAUUUUUCUUGUGAUGGACUUGGAGGAUUUUGGAUUGUUUUGGUGAAGAUAUUGGUUUUUGUUUGUUUUGGAGAGAUGGUAAAGAGGAAUUUGGUUUUUCUCGGAGCAUGACGAUGCAUACGAGUAGGGGGGCUAUUAGAUAUAUUGGGGGUACUCGUAGCAUAGUAUGACGGUUGAGAUGUUCGGUACGUACGUACGAAAGUAACGGUGAUGAGAUGCGGAGGGAUAGGAACUUUCUACAUAUAUUCCUUGGUUGCGAGAGGUAUUUGGUGGAGAUUCAGAGAGAUUCGUUGAGUGACAAAGAGUGAAGGCGUGCCCAGAUACCGUGAAGGUUUGACAAGCACUGGCACGCCCCCGAUGAAUACAAUACUUUUACAAUCCUUUUCGAUACGUUUUCCACACGUUUCUACCCAUCCACGCUCCGCCAUGAGCCACCCGCUUUGAGCUCCAAGCACAAAGAACCGAGCCACCCGAAUUAUC